AUGGAGAACUUCACCACUGCAAUGCCACUUACUUCAGAUCUACCUAACAAGAAGCAGACUGUGUGUAUUUUUGGAACAGGAGAUUUUGGAAGAUCUCUGGGACACAAGAUGAUGCAGUGUGGCUAUUCUAUAGUAUACGGAAGCCGAAAUCCUCAGAAUACCAAACUGAUUCCUCAAGGAGCCACAGUGUUAUCCCAUGAAGAAGCAGCCGAGACAUCUGACAUCAUCAUCAUAGCAAUCCAGAGACUAUAUUAUGACUUUCUUGAAAGGUUAAAGGAAACUCUCACUGGGAAAGUGUUGGUGGAUGUUAGCAACAACCUCAAAAUAAACCAGUAUCCUGAGAGCAAUGCUGAAUACCUUGCCAAGCUGCUACCAGAGAGUAAAGUGGUGAAAGCAUUUAACACAGUGUCCGCAUGGGCUCUACAGUCGGGAGCACUGGAUGCAAGCAGACAGGUGUUUGUCUGUGGCAAUGACAGCAAAUCAAAAGAAAAGGUGAUGGAUAUUGUUCGAAGCCUCGGCCUCACUCCGUUGGACAAGGGAUCACUCUUAGUGGCAAAAGAAAUUGAGGAUUACCCGCUGCAACUCUUCCCUAUGUGGAAGUUUCCCAUUUAUCUGUCUCUGGGCCUCACGGCACUUUUUUUUUUCUACUGUCUAAUCCGCGAUGUAGUCUACGGUUACGUUGUGAGAAAAAAAGACGUUUCCUUUUUCAUAGCUAUUACUAUUCCAAACCGGGUCUGCCCCAUUGUGGCGCUCAUCCUUCUUGCUUUGGUUUACUUGCCUGGGAUCUUUGCUGCUAUUCUUCAGUUAAGCAGAGGAACAAAAUACAGGCGCUUUCCGGACUGGCUAGACAAAUGGAUGCUUUGCAGGAAACAACUUGGCCUAGUUGCCCUGGUUUUUGCUUUCCUACAUGUUUUGUAUACACUCGUCAUUCCUAUACGCUAUUACGUAAGAUGGAAAUACAACUCUUAUGUUCUUGAUCAGGCACUUAAGAACAGAACUGAUCCAUUUAAUACAGUUAAUGGCUGGAUUAGUGACUCCUAUGUUUCUCUGGGUAUCUUGGGCUUCUUCCUGUUUCUACUGCUCGGAAUCACAUCCUUGCCCUCUGUAAGCAACAAUGUCAACUGGAGAGAGUUUCGGUUUGUCCAGUCCUAUCUGGGCUAUCUGACAUUGGUUCUGUGCACUGCCCAUACGCUGCUCUAUGGUGGAAGGAGGUUUUUGAGCUCUAAAUCAUAUCCAUGGGGACUUCCUCCUGCUUACAUCUUCUCUCUCAUUAUCCCUUGCAUUGUGUUGGUCAUUAAGUUUUUUCUGGUAUUUCCAUGCAUCGACAGACCACUCACGGCAAUUCGACAGGGCUGGGAGAGGAAACCCAAAGACCUACGUGAGUCACACAACAACCUCAGUGGGUCCUCUGUAUAA